AUGGGAAAAUUCAAGAUUAGCUCUUGGCUGAACCGCAGCCCAUCACCCAUGUCCGACGAGGACGGAAAGAAGCAAAACCGCUCGUCAUUUUCGGGCCUUUCUUCAUCACUGACCUCCAAGCCCAAGGAGCCUCAGUCUAACACCACUGGAAUCCAUACCCCUCCUUCCGAUGAGCCGGAGCGACAGCCGUCAACCUCGCGGAUGAUUGCGUUGGCGCAAAAGAUUGCAAAGGAAACAGAAAAGUUGGAGACGUACAUGAAGGAUAACAACCUCCCGAUGCCAAGUUUUGACGUUGAUGCGCCCGCCGAUUUCCCGAAACUGCCCGCCGAGAUUUCGAGAAGCAGGCAGGAAAUCAUUUUCGCUACGAGAGAACUGGGCUUGCUUGCACAUGGACCUCGCGAGUCGCUGAGAUGGGGUGUUUGGGAGUUUUCAGCCAAACUGUUCCCCCCAGCCGAGACCAUCACCCUCUCGGAGCUUCAAUCCAAGACAUCAUUGGACCCUAUCAACCUGGCCCGCAUCCUCCGCCUCGCCAUGACUAAGGGCAUCUUCCGUGAGCCCGUCCCGGGCAUCAUUGCCCACACGGCCGCCUCCCGCGUGCUUGCUGAGGACAGCGACCUGCAUGCCUGGGUUGCCUUCAACGGAGAGGACAUCUUCCCGGCCGCAGCCCACGUGCUUGAGGCGCUCAAGACCCACCCAGAAGCCACCUCACUCACCCGCGCCGGCUUCCAAUUCGCCUUUGGUACGGUCGAUAAGGAGCCCAUGUUCGUUACCUUUGGCAAGGACCCGGCGCGCGCGCGGCGUAUGGGCAAGGCCAUGGUCAGCCUUACUGGUGGCGAAGGCUACGAGAUCUCGUAUCUGCUCGAUGUCGAGGGUGGUGGCUACGACUUUAGCGAGAUCGACGCUAAGGGGGGCACGUUUGUGGACGUGGGUGGCUCGCAUGGUUUUGUGGACGUGGACUUGGCCAAGAAAUAUAGGAACAUGAAGUUUGUGGUACAGGAUACGGCCAAGACGGUCGAGAGCGCGCCCAAACCGAUUUGUGAGGACGAGCAGGUUGCUGGCAGGAUUGAACUGAUGCCUCAUGAUUUCUUCCAAGAGCAGCCUACCAAGGAUGCUGAUGUCUACUUCUUCCGCUGGAUCAUGCACAACUACUCUACCCCCUAUGCCGUCAAACUCCUGAAGAACUUGAUCCCCGCCCUCAAGCCCGGCGCCCGCGUCAUCAUUAACGACCAUUGCCUUCUCGAGCCCGGUCAGGAAAAUCCCUGGGACGAGACCGUCAUGCGUCGUAUGGACUUGGUCAUGCUAGCGUUGCUCAACGCGCAGGAGCGCACCGAGGCCGAGUUCAGGGACCUGUUCAAGGCUGCUAGUGAUGGGUUUGUUUUCAAGGGCGUCACAAGACCUAAGGGAUGCCGAAUGAGUAUCAUCGAGGCUGUUUGGCGACCUGACCUGGUUGACUACGGUGCUUCUGCUACUCCUGCUGAUGCUGAUGCUGCCGCUGGUGCUACUGGUGCUACCACCGCCGCCGACGUCGAAGCUUCUACAACAAAUGCCCUUGAGGAAUUGGAGCUGGAGGAUCAGGAGGCUAAGUGA